AGCAUCAUUUUUCAGUGGUGUCAGUGGAGUGAAGACUACCUGUGAAUAUGUCAAACACGGCACAAGACGCAAGUGGAGGAAGUGUUGCUAAAUGCAACCAAACAGCAAAAGACAAUGCGGCAUGCACGGAGAACCUAACAGAGACUGAUGCCUUCAUCAGAAGCUCUUUGGCUUUGGAUCCUGCAGAGGAAUACAAGAUGGACCACAAACAACGAGGCCUUGCCCUGAUCUUUAACCAGGAGCGCUUCUUCUGGCGCCUGGGGUUAAGCGACAGGCAUGGAACCAACGCUGAUCGCUACAACCUGGAGAAAAGAUUGAACGAUCUGAACUUCGAAGUGAGGGCUUAUGAUAACUACAAACAAGUGGAAGUCUACGAUAAGAUCAGUGAAGCCGCUGAGGAAAACCAUUCAGACGUAGACUGCUUUUUGCUUGUCUUCCUGAGCCAUGGUGAAAAUGAUCACGUUUACACCUUCGACGGAAAGAUCAGCAUUCAGGAUAUCACCGCCAUGUUCAAAGGAGACAGGUGCAAGAGUCUCGUGGGAAAGCCAAAGGUUUUCAUACUACAGGCAUGCCGUGGAGAUAAGCACGACGAUCCAGUGACUGCCUGUGACGCGGUGGACAGCGAGCUGAAGACCAACGAGGUGGUGGUCGACGCCAGCGCCGUGCACACACUGCCUGCCGGGGCAGAUUUCAUCAUGUGCUACUCCGUGGCUGAAGGAUACUAUUCCCACCGGGAGACCGUUAACGGUUCCUGGUAUGUCCAGGAUCUGUGUGAGCUGUUUAAAAGGUAUGGGAACACCCUGGAGUUCACAGAGUUACUCACGCUGGUCAACAGGAAGGUGUCCAUGAGGAGUGUUGGGAAUUCUAACGACCGGAAUGCCAUCGGGAAGAAGCAAGUACCCUGCUUUGCUUCAAUGCUCACCAAGAAACUCUACUUCCGAUCGAAACAGUAACGGUGUCAGACCUCAGUCUUACAAUUAGCUGAUCUUAUUUUAAUACCUGGACAAAUUCUGGGAGAUUUUAAUUUUUUUUUUCUGUUUUCUGUAAUCCUCCACUGUGCUUUGCUCAUGAACACUAAUCAAACAUGCAUUGAACAAUCCGAUGCUUUAUCGUGAAAUCAGUUAAAAGAAUGAAUAACAUGCACUGAACAUGUAUGCCUUUUCCAGCCUCAGGCCAUCACUACACUCUCAAAACAACCUGACACGUGAAAUUGUUUUCUUGUGGUGUACUGGUUUAUCUGGUCCCAUCUGAAUCCUAUCACUAAUCUGGUUUCUAUGUGAACAUAGUUGGUUUUAUAAUGCUAUCCAACACAACAGCCCUGCAGGUCGCAAACUUUUAUAUUACCCAGAGUACUAUUAUGACAACCAAUCAGAUUAUUGAGUAGUUGAUGCUUUAUCGUUAAUCUGCAAAAUAGUGAAUAUCAAUUAUAUCUAGUAUGUAUUUGCCACAACUGGCUGAGCCUAUAGGGAAUAAAGCAGAGCCACAUUUUAAACAGCAAAUGUCAUAUUGAAUAAGUGUGUAUUUUUAAGGCUAUAAUGGUCUUAAUGUAUCAUGAGAUGAGAUGCAUCAUAAUCUAAGUGGCUGCACACUCAAUUAAUUAUCUACGGGAAGACCUUCAUUCAUAUUUAAAAAUAUCUACCAAAUAUUUGAUAACCACUUUGGCCCCAGGAGUCCAGCAUGAAGAUGAUUUCAUAUUCAAUAACAACUUAUGAUACCAUUUGUUUUUAACAGACUAUAGACCAUGAUGAAUUUUCUUGUUGUUUUGGAUGAGUUAUGUUUUAAGGUGUUCCCAUUUUAUUUUCCAACCGCUGUAGAUCCAUACACAUUUUGCACUCUCAAGAUUAUGGACCACCUUCUCUGUUAGCUAGCUUUCUUACACUUCACAUUGUUGCUUUCUUGUUUAAACUACCGGCACUGUGGUAUUACACAAAUGUGGCCUUAUCCUGCAGCUGACUUUGAAGUUUUAAAAAGGGGGCAUAUCAUGAAAGACUCACAUUUCCAAUCAAGACAACCCAGUCACAUCAGAAAUCAUGGGAUUCAACAAGCCAUUCAGAUUUAGCUUCCCUUUCUUUGUCAGAUGCAGACUCAUUCGAAUAUACCACAUCCCGAUUGAAUACCUCCACAAACAGCUGGAGAACUACCAUUGUGGUUUACCACAUUUUUCAGAGCAGGCAUUUUCAGGGGGCUUUAAAAAAAAAUGUGCCAACAAUAUCAGACAGGUACAUUUAGAGAGAUUAUGACAACAUUUCAAUUCCCAGAAAAUGAGCAUAUGAAGUCCCCUUUAACAAGGCGAGAGGACAGUGCAAGUUGACAUUUCCGGAUGCCUUGACAGCUUCCUUAGACUCAGAGGAAGCUGGAAAUGUCAGAUGAGUUUUCUUGAAGUCAGUUGCCAUGAUGUCUACAAACCAGAAAAAGACUGUACUUUCCAACUUACUGUAUCUUGCGAGGCAGGUGACAUAACAGCAUGACGAGCAGGUCACUAAUAAUGUUUACCACUUCAUUACCUCUCUGUAACCACCAGCUACCAAGUGAUAUCUCUCAUAUCCAGCCACCACAGAAACAUGCCGUUUGUCUUUGAGCUCGCUCCAUCAAAAAGGGAAUUCAUGUUUGUGCUGUUCUUUGUGUUGUAGCAGUUUACAGUACGACAUUUAAUAAUGUGACAAAUACCUGUGUGGAAAGUACCUCAGGGAGGAGGCUGUACUAUGGACCUGAAACACUUCCAACACACGAUCUAUGACUCAGGAAAAACAAAGACACCAGCAUACUGUGAUCUGUGAUCUUUUGUCUUACUGUUGGGACUUUGUUUAAUAAAAUCCGUGUUACAAUCCA